AUAGCUGAUAAACUACUUCAAUAUAUCUACAGGACGACACCGCAGAGGACUCAUAACCUCCCUGGACACGGCAACCUAACACCCAAGACCUCAACGCCGACUCAGGGCAGAAGAGGAGGUGACAUCGUGGUGGCGUCCCAGGGUGAUGCAGGCUGCUGAGCGCCCUACGGAGGAGCCUGCGCGGGGAGAGUGCCACAGCUAUGUCUCUCAGUGCCAAGUCCUCCUCCAUGCGUCGCGGGGGUGGCACUCUGUCGAUGGACAUGGAGUCUAUCCGUGCCCGCCGUGCCAAGCUAGAAAGCAUCCUCCACUCGCGGCGCCCGCCGCCCCUCACCGGAGACCCCGCUAAGCGAAGUCCUGCCAGCGGCGCGCCCCUCCCCUUAUCCAACCCCACGCGCCGCUCCUCCUACUCCUCGUCCUCCUCAACCUCCAUCGACUCCUCCUACAGGCCCGUCAUUAACAAGAGCGGCAAGCUAAGCCCUUAUACCCAACACCUGCCGCAGAUUGAGAAAAACAGCACCAGCCUCCUGCAGACAUCAGCACCUGAGUACGCCAGACAGACGAGAAGGAGGAACCACUGCCGCGGGGUCAUGGAGGAGGAGCUGGUAGACCUUGAGGACGGCGGGUGCUCGCAGGAGGCGCUGGAGGAGUUGGUGAGGGGCAUCGGCAGCAACAGCAGGAAGCGGCGCCUCUACAGCACGGUGCAGGCGCGGAAGCUGCUGUCGGCGCCGCACCCGCCUCUCCGGGAGUUCCUGAGGGCGGGCAUCCUGAAGCCACUCAUUCCCCACGUGCAGCAGCGGGAGGACUCGACUCUUCAGCAGGAGGCGACGUGUGUGCUCACCAACCUCGCGUCCGGGAACUAUAGCCACACUGCCGCUGUCGUGGACGCAGGGGCCGUGCCGGUGCUGGUGGCCGCGCUGGCAGACGGCGACGAGAAGGUGAAGGAGCAGGCGGCGAUGGCCCUCGGGAACAUAGCGGGGGAGGAACGAUACAGGAACCUGCUCGUGUCGGCCGGGGUGGUCACGCCGCUCCUUAGGGCACUCCGCUCCGGCCGGGACUCUGCCGCCUCGACCUCCUCCGCGACCUCAUCCGGCUCCUACAUAUCAGCCCCUGUGUCGCUGGUGCGGGCCGUGACGUGGGUGCUGGCCAACAUCUUCCGCCACAAGGGCCUCGUCAUGGCGGUGGAGGAGCAACGGGCCUGCGCGGCCUCCCUCAGGACGCUGCUGGCACACGCCGACCCCGAGGUCAACGUGGACGCCCUGUGGCUGGCCGGGUACAUCGCCGCGGGGGACGAGGCGGGCCAGCGGGAGGUGGUGGCGGCGGGCGCGGUGCCGGAGCUGGUGCGGCACUUGGGGUCCAGGGAGCGGCAGAGGGUCAUCCCGGCGCUGAGGGCCACGGGGAACCUGGCGCUAGGGGACGACAGCAUGACAGACGCGGUGGUGGCUGCGGGCGCGCUGCCGCUGUACGGGCGCCUCCUGCGGUCACGCCACCACAACCUGCGGAAGGAGGCGGCGUGGGCGCUGUCCAACGUGACGGCGGGCGACAGGCGGCACGUGCAGCGGGUCAUCGACGAGGGGCUCCUGACACACCUGGUGGAGGUCCUCGGGCAGAACCACCUGGACGUGCAGCGGGAGGCCACGUGGGCGCUGGGCAACCUGGCGAGCGGCGGCGACGCGGAGCAACUCGGGGCGCUGGUGGCGGCGGGCGGGGCGGCGGCGUUGACGGCGGUGCUGGUGGUGAGCGAGAAGGGCACCGUCGAGGCGGCUCUCAAGGCACUGCAAUGCAUCCUCAAGACCCCAGAACUACGGAAGGAGGCGCUGCGGCAGGUGCGGGCGGCGGAGGGCGUGCGGCGGCUCGAGGCUCUGCAGGGGUUCGUGGACAGCGGCAUCAGGGAGCGGGCGACGGACAUCCUGGAGGUGUACCUUCGGGAGGGGGACACUGCCGGGGCCGAGGAUGACGCUGACGUGGACGCUGACGACGAGGCUGAGAGUGAAGGCGAUGACAGCUGACGGGGAGGCGGCGCGUGGUGCUGUGUUGUGUCGGGAGGCAGAACAGUCAUCGCUCAGUCACUUGUUGUUUUGCCAGUCAUCGGAAACCUGUGACUGUCUAUGGAACUUGUUAUUAUCAUUUUUGUUAUUAUUAUUUUUAUUGUAUUAUUUAUUUCUUUAUCUUGUUAGCUUUUCAACGUCGCCGCGAAUCCUUGAACUUACGUGAAAGUGUUAUUAUCUUUAUCUUCUCUUACUUAGGUAUGUUUUUUAUUUCAAUGUGCAAAGUAAGUCGUGAAUAUUAAUAAAAA